AUGCCCUGAGACCAGGAUCCAUAUGCACAGUUACUAGCAGAGAACUAUGAAAGAACAGUUAUAGACAGUUCAUUUAUAUACAAAUUUCGAUGACAUUUGACUGGUAAACAAUGUAAUCAAGAAGGGAGAGGGGAGGGGGGAGAGAGAUUAUCCAAUCAAGGAUUGUCAGAAACACAUGGCAAGCAACUUACAAUUUGUUUUUUUUGUUGAGGCGCACCAUGGCAGCUCGUUCAAGCUACAAUGAGGAGAGGAACCUCCUUCGCAUCCAAGAGCGGGAGCGGCGGAAUCAGGGAACCUUCCAGGAAAAGGAGUUCUACCAGGAGACCGUUCCCCUGUUCGGGGAGCCCUAUAAGACGAACAAAGGAGAUGAGCUGUCCAGCCGUAUCCAGAGGAUGCUGGGUAGUUAUGAGGAUGUGAACAAUCCCAACACUCACCAGUGUUUGGACAGCAGCUUCUCUAAGGAGCCUCAAUCUCAUGUCACCACAAAGUAUGGGCGGCCAUCUCGCAGCCGAGACCGAGCGAAGCCUCCAUUCCAGAACCCUCCUCAGUACGGGGCAAGCCAGAGCCAGAGUGGUGGUCCACCCCGUGGUAGCCACUCUGGCCAGCCUCUGAAGAAGAUCCACGGUCCUUCCUCCUCCUACACCCAGUCCUCCCUGGGUCUCAGCCAGGGCCAGGCCUGCCCAGACCCACACCAGAGAAAGACUGAGCUCUGGCCAGACCUGAGGGAGUGUGCCAGUCUUCCUCCAGUCCUCUCCGCCCUGUCCCCCCCAGCCGAUCCCCUAUCCCCCCUACAUUCCAGUGACCCCAGCGACUCUGAACACCAGGACUCCCCCCUGCACCCUGAGAGGCACCCGGCCUCUCCCCUACACCCCGACUCACACUUCCCCAUGGUGUCCCCCCUGGAUGACCCCCAGAGAGACGUCCCGCCUCCGGCCAUCGAUGGGGCAACCCUACCCUCUCAGACCUUCCCUCCACCACUGGCCUCCAAACCCAACCUGGUCAUGCCCCAGAAGCCAACAGCCUACGUCCGGCCCAUGGAUGGCCAAGACCAGGUGACCAGCGAGUCUCCGGACCUCAAGCCCUCUCCAGAAGACUUCCAUGGGCAGUCUUAUCAUGAACCCUUACCAGACUUAAAAAGCACCAGGCCCAGCCUUUCCAAACUGAAGAUACCAUCACAGUCUAUAGAGACGCUGUCACAUGAAGCUGACUGUGUGGAAGACAUUCUGAGGGAAAUGACCCACUCCUGGCCUCCUCUCCUGACUGCCAUCCAGACGCCCAGCACAGUUGAGCCCUCCAAGUUCUCCUUCCCAGUCAAGGAAGCACAGCAUGUCCCACCUGCGUCUCCAGGACAAAAACACUAUGGAUCACCUCCACUAGCCCCGCCCUCCAUCUGUCAACAGAGCUCAUGUACGGUUACAGCAGCACAUUCCAGUGGGGUGGAGUCAGCCAGCUCCAGUGACUCUGAGAGCAGCUCAGGGUCGGAGUCAGGCAGUGAGAGCAGUGAGAGUGGGACAGAGGCCCCCCCACAGCCCCUCAGGAGUAGUAGCCCACCUGUGACAAAGGCGGAGGGCCCCGUGGUGACUAACUGGCAGUUGAACAACUGGAUCAGAGUGAGCCAGCAGAACCCCAGCACAGAGAGCCAGAGUGACGCUCUACUGAGCCCUCUACCCAAACAGCAGCAGAGCCAUGAGGAGGAGGCCAUUCCUCCCAGGGACUACAAAUCCAACACACCCCCACGUCGCUCAGAGUUCAGUGACGGCGAAGCCAAACCUCAACGCAGUGAAGAAGCUGCCCACAACCAGCAUGUCCAACACAAGUCCCCGGCCACCUCGCACGUUGGGAACAGCAGCAACAGCAGCAGCCAGAGAAAGACAGUGGGGAACAAACACCCCUCCAGACCAGCCAAGGCUCCCCGACCUGAAGACCCUCAGGCUGGGUUACAGGUGGAGAGUGUGGAGGUGGUCCCCCGUGACAAAGACACCUCGUUCACAGACAGGCCAAAGGUCAAAACGAAAACCGGCCACAGCAAUAGCAAGAGCAGCGGAGCCAAAACAAACAGCAGGAAGCCUGCCAAGCGUGGCACCUCUGAGAAGAAGACCGAACAACCAGCGUCACAGGGUGGCCCCAAGGUCACUCUGGUGCUGGACUGUAAGCGGGAGAAGUCUCCUAGUCCCAGUCCUGCCCAGGAGGUAGACCAGCCAGCCCCAGCUUUGGUGAAGACCAUCAGUGUCAGGACAGAGACCCUCCCGGCCCCUCAGAAGGGCCAAAAGAAGCCCCGGCGCCACUCUCUAGACCCAGCACACAAGGCCAAGCGGGAGUCCUCAGCCAAAGCUUCCAGGGUCUGCCAAGGUCCUCCACGGGCCCUGCUGGUAAAGAUAGAAUUGAGCCUGCUUUCCAGGGUUCCCUCCCAGGGUUCCAGGCCUUCUUCAGGGGGCCAGGAGCCAGCCAUCAGGAAGGGACCCACCACGGCCCCAGAGAGGGGGGACACCAACCCCGCUGCCCCCAUCCCUACCAAAGUCUGCAAGAAGAGACCGGCUGAGAAGGAUGUGAAAACCGUGCCAAGGAAGAAGCCAAAGCUGCAGAAAGAUCUUAAACCCUCCACUUCAGGUCCUGGUUCCCGCAAGUCUGAGACUGACAGGAAGCGGUCUAAGGGGGCUCCUGUCCCUCUGCUGCAGCCCACCACCACUCGGGACCCUGGGAAAGGGCAGGGGGGCCACAAACGGCAUGCGUUGGAUGCCCCAGAGCCUAGCACAGCAUCUGCAGCCCACCGCAGGGACAGGGAGGCCUCCACACCUGUCAAGCACAAGAAGAGCACUGGAAAACAACGCACAGAGCAUGCCAAGAAAGGCCUCAAGAGCAGCGUUGCCUUCUCCGUGCCUUCCCAGCCCACCGGGGCCGCCCUGUCCUCCAGACCCCUGCUCCAGUUCGAAGAGCGGCAGCAGCCAGUGGAGUAUCACAUGAAGGAAGCCAAAACACUCAAGCACAAGGCAGAUGCCACGCCGGACAAGGUGGGCAAAGCUUUCAACUACCUAGAUGCUGCCAUGUCCUUCGUGGAGAGCGGCAUCGCUAUGGAAACCGAUCCCCAGACCCCGAAGUCGGCGUAUACGAUGUUCGCUGAAACCUUGGAUCUGAUCAAGUUCAUACUGAAACUAAAGGGCUCUGUGAACCCCUCGGCUCCUGCUACAGACAAGGACUUUACAGUUUUAUGCAUGAGGGGCCUGUCCCUUCUCCAGAUGGCCAUGUUUCGCUACAAACGAGAAGCAGCGCUUAAGUAUUCAAGGACCCUGACAGAUCAUUUCAAGAGCUCUAUAAAGCCUGCAACCCAGGCUCCUUCGCCAUGUGUCUCAAAAAGCACAGGUACCCCAUCCCCCAUGUCUCCCAUGCCGUCUCCUGCCAGCACAGCCAGUUCUGGGCCGGGCUCCAACCACAGCAGCGGGGCGGGGGCAGGCACCGUCAGCACCGUGGCCAUUCCACAGGUCAUCCAGCAGGUGGCGUCUUCCUACGUCAACAUCACGGCACUCUUCCUGAGUGCUCACGACAUCUGGGAGCAGGCUGACGAGCUGGCCCACAAAGGCAGUGGUUUGCUGUCUGAGUUGGACUUGGCUCUGGGCCCGUUGAGCCUGACGUCCACCAUGAGCUCUUUGGUGCGUCACACACGGCAGGGACUGCAGUGGCUCCGACUGGACACCCGUGAGGCACAGUGACCGCUUCUCAGCCCUGCCCUGUCGACAAUGCCUAGCCCAGCCCUGGCUUUCCCUGUCCGCGACAUCCGUCUUGGUUUUAUUUAUUGACGGGCCAUCAGAUGAAUGCAGGAUCCCAAGUCCCUCUACAAGUUGUUCACAUGGAUACCAAGUCACCUUUUUUCUCUCAACUACAUAUAUCUAUAUAUAUAUAUAUAUAUAUAUAUCUAUCUCACACACACACACACACACACACACGGAUUACAUGCAUUUUCGGGUCCCUGUCCUCUGUUGGUCACAUUGAAGGGUUCAUCAACAAACAACUAUCACAUCCUCUGGAGCUCAGGGGGGGCUGAUGGGGGCAGAGCUGAAUAGGACUUCCUCCCUUUCUCAACAACAAACCGCACAGCCAGCUGACUGGCCCUGCCACCCCUCUGGGGGUCAGUAGGGCUGUCUCCCCGUGGCCUGCCCCACCCCUCUGGGGGUCAGUAGGGCUGUCUCCCCGUGGCCUGCCCCACCCCUCUGGGGGUCAGUAGGGCUGUCUCCCCGUGGCCUGCCCCACCCCUCUGGGGGUCAGUAGGGCUGUCUCCCCGUGGCCUGCCCCACCCCUCUGGGGGUCAGUAGGGCUGUCUCCCCGUGGCCUGCCCCACCCCUCUGGGGGUCAGUAGGGCUGUCUCCCCGUGGCCUGCCCCACCCCUCUGGGGGUCAGUAGGGCUGUCUCCCCGUGGCCUGCCCCACCCCUCUGGGGGUCAGUAGGGCUGUCUCCCCGUGGCCUGCCCCACCCCUCUGGGGGUCAGUAGGGCUGUCUCCCCGUGGCCUGCCCCACCCCUCUGGGGGUCAGUAGGGCUGUCUCCCCGUGGCCUGCCCCACCCCUCUGGGGGUCAGUAGGGCUGUCUCCCCGUGGCCUGCCCCACCCCUCUGGGGGUCAGUAGGGCUGUCUCCCCGUGGCCUGCCCCACCCCUCUGGGGGUCAGUAGGGCUGUCUCCCCGUGGCCUGCCCCACCCCUCUGGGGGUCAGUAGGGCUGUCUCCCCGUGGCCUGCCCCACCCCUCUGGGGGUCAGUAGGGCUGUCUCCCCGUGGCCUGCUCAACCCCUCUGGGUCCUGUCUGUCUUGGAGGUCAGUGAGGCCAUGUCCCUGUGGGAUGGUUGUCUGAAGAUACCUGCUUUUUUUUUUUUGGUUGUGGUUCAGAGAGGCCUCUCACCUUUCUCCUGUGGUAAUGCAAAGCAGUAAUGACAACAGAUUAUUUAUUAGCCUCAUUAUCAUGAUCUUUAAUUAUUAUAUCACUUUAAAUAUAUUGUUUCAGUUAAGUUUUUUUUUUGUUUGAUUAAAAGCGUUGAUAUGGCCAAUUGUUUUACUUCACAACCAACUAAAAAGUCCUAUAGAAGUGAAGGGAUCCAGCCAUCCAAGACACGUCUAUAAUAAUACUGUUAGAAUUCGGCAGGAUAUAGUUAGUAUGUCUCUGCUGUACCAUAAAGUAUUAUAAAGUGACUAGAUGCGUUGUCCUGAAAUAUGGGACGUCGGUAUUCUUGAAUGGAGACAAAGAUAGUCCUUGAUACUUUUUUUGUGAAGAUAUACUAUUAUAUCUUAUUAUAUCCCCCAUUUUUCUCUUCAAAAGAGAUGGAUUCUACGUGCCAGGGCAGGUCCACUAUGUUCAAUCAGUCGUGACAGAAAUAGGAUUUGAGUUGGAUUUUGUACUUGCUUUCCCUUUUUAUUUUAUUUUUUUUGUCAACAACUGCUCAUCUAAGACAAGAAAACCAAAUGGUCGGAUUUGACCAUUCCUUACUCUUCAGACAGGAAGCAGGAAGUAACUACCUCAUCUUCACUGCACAUGGGAAGCAGAGCAACGCUGUCUGAUGGAGGUGGAGAGAGAGAGAGAGAGAGGGAGAGAGAGAUAGAGGGAGGGACCUGUGGCCUAAUGUGAUGGUUGAGAGCGUUUUCUCUAGUUGUGUAAUCUAUCCAGCAUACAUGCUUUUUAACACUCAGGCUGAAGCUGCGCAUCAAACCAGUUUUUAUACAGACGUCGUUCAGUAGAAAUUAAAAGUACCUUAGAUGGGUUUUUUUUUUAAGGACACUUGCCGUCUGUCUCCCCAAAUGGAAUACUUAUUGAAUAUAGCAUCAUCUUGUAUUGAUCAUUGACAAAGCAAGUCCCAUUUAACUGAAGUCAAAAGUGGAUUUAGUAUGUGGGUAGGAGUUUUGAAAAGCAGGAUACUCUUCCCUUUCCGAACAGUCGUGCCCGUUGGAAAUGAUUCGCUGUAGGACUGGCAACCUGUGAGGAAGCGUUGACCGGCUGUUUAUUUUACAUCCUUUGCGUAGCUCUGGUGUCACGUCACGUCUUGUGCGUACGUACAAUAACGGCCCAUGUCAUUCGAAAAUGACACUUAUCAACACAUCUAAAUGAUUGCUGGGUUGUUGUUGUUUUUUCGUAUGGUAGUCGAAAAUACAGUUUUAUGUACCACACAGGUCAGCAGAAGUGACUGGGCAAAUGAUUGGCUAAAUCUUACAACUGGUCUUUGACCCUAUUGCCCAUUUUUAUCUCUUCAGUGCCUAUUACCACCAUUUUUAGACCACACAACUCCCUAGAUGACACAAGAUGUGCGUCCCAAAUUGCACCCUAUUCCUUAUAUAGUGCACUAUUUUUUUUUUUGACCAAGUAGUCUACUAUUUAGGGAACAGGGUCCAAUUUGGACAUAGACUGUCUUUCAGAGGAGUAUUAAUUUUUAUCAUAGACAUUUAUUAUCUUCAUUGUGUGUGUGUUCAGCACCGUCUGUCUAUUCAUCGAGAUCAAAGAUUACCAGACCUAGACAAUGCCUUUCUGUAGACUGAAUUCACAUAAUUUCCCUUUAAAGCACCCUGUUGAAUUUCUGUAGAAUGAAUGACUUGGUAUUUGUUUCUCUGAUUUAAAAUUAAAAAAAAGGUGGGGGUUUGAUGGUAUUACAAUUUACACACUUGUAUUUGAUUAAAUCAGUGGUUUAUUUCAUGUUUAACGGAUGUUAUUGAUGGCGAAAUACUAGCGAUCCUUAUUAUUUUGCACCAGUCAAUCAAUAUUCUGAUAUUUAAGCCUAUACAACCCUGCCUCUCUCUCUCUCAUUUCAGCAUUAACACAACAAUGCUUACAGCAAGAUAUAAAAAACCAACGUGUGUCAUUUACACUUGUUUCAGUGUGAUUUUUUUUCUCGGUUUCCUCCAGGGUUGGAGUCCUCUUGCUUGUUGUAAAGGCUUUGGUUAAGAGCAAUAAAACAGGGCGGCGAAUGCAAAAUGAUACAUAGAACAUGAAUAAAAUACUGUUUUUGAUGAAAGAUUGGAGAUUGGUUUACAUCACCAUGCUUUGCUUAAAAUUGACUGAAUCUGUGCCGUUUAGUUAAAUGAAUUGUUUUAUUGUAACUAUACUGUAACAAGAGAAGAAAAGAAAGAAAUUGGAGCUCACUGGACAAGCUAUUUCUAUUGGCGUACAAAUAUUUAAGGGCUGCACAUGAAACCACAAAAGGAAAAAUGCGCUUGUAUUUAUUUUAUCACAAAUAUGAACCGUAUGAGUAGAGUAUACUGGUACCAUGGCUUUUUCUUUUACAUAUAUUUAAAAAAUCCCCCUCCAAAGUAGGCUGCUUUGUAAGUAAUCAAUCAUACUUUUGAGUUACCCAACUUGGAUGUCAAACUGCACAUGAAAUGGAAUGUUGUCCUGUUUUGAGAUGACGUUCUACAUUUUGUACUGACUAAAACGUUGCUCCGGUUUCUAUGUCAUGUUACUUUGUCCUUUUUCAUAUUUUUUUUGAAGCUUUAUUGUCAUGCUUCAUUUCAAUCUUUUUAUUUUACUUUUUUGCGCUUCAGUUAUAGGUAUUCUGUGUGCAGAAUUAUAAUUAUUGUCCAUAAAUAUAUGAUAUCACGCUAAAAGGAACAACAUCACCUUGGUCAUUUACUGGGAAAAUGUGCAGAAAUCUUUUGUAAUUAAACUUUUUUGCCUUGUGGAAAUAUGUAAAUAGUUUGAGCUGCAAUGUACAGAGAUGUAUAAAGACUGACAAUGAAUUUUGGUUUUCUUUUGACUCAAGUUUUCCCAAAGAUGCUGUUUUGCAGACAUUUUGUAGCUUGGCUGCUGAAGAUGAAUUGUGGCUCAACAGUAUAUUCAGACCUCUGCACUGUAAAAUGUUUGAGGCAAUAAACUGUGGGGGACAAUG